AUGUCAAAUCAGAAAAUUAAAAACGAACAAAUUUCGGCAUCUUCGAGUUACGAUUUGCAGAGCACCGGGCCUCAACACGCUAGAGCAUAUCAGGAAUCCGGUAGCGGCGCGUGGUGCCCAAAACAUCAAAUAAACGCCUUGAGCAAAGAAUGGCUCCAGAUUACUUUCGGAUCGGAUAUGGUUAUUACUGGAAUCGAAACUCAAGGUCGAUAUGACAAUGGACGCGGUAUGGAAUACGCAACAGCAUAUCGAAUUCAGUACUGGCGACCUUCACUUAAUGCAUGGGCAUCGUAUAAAGACAAUUUUGAGCUUGAGACAAUUCCCGCCAAUAAUGAUACCAAGAACGCUGUCAGACGGAACCUUGAUCGCGCAAUUAUUGCAAGGCGCAUUCGAAUUGUGCCAGUGUCGAACACUACAAGAACUGUGUGCAUGAGAGUUGAAUUAUUCGGAUGUCCAUAUGAAGAUACCAUUUUAUCUUACGAUGUCGAUCAAGGCGAUAUGCAGGCGGCAAUUUCUUAUCACGAUUUCUCGUACGAUGGUGAUUUUUCAAACUCGCCUCAUUUAAAAGGCGGCAUCGGAAAGUUAUACGACACCAAACUUGGUGAGACAAAUGUGUUUGUGAAUCAUCACAAAUGGGUGGGAUGGAAAAGAAAGAGAAAUGUUCAUGUUCGAUUAGCAUUUGAAUUUUCGGAAUCUCGAAAUGUGUCUGCAAUUCUUAUUCACACUGCAAACGAGUUCAGCAAAAAUGCUCGAAUGUUCUCUGCUGUCACCAUUUUGUUUUCAAAUAAUGGCGAAGAUUAUUCUCAUGCUUCGAUGCGAUUUGAAACUGUGCCGGAUAAUGAGAGCGAGAAGCCCAGAUGGAUCAAAGUUCCGGUUGAAUACAGAAUCGCCAAGUUUAUAAAAAUGCGCUUUACUUUUGGCCCGGGAGCUGACUGGAUGUUUCUGUCUGAAAUAUCAUUCGAAUCCAACCAUACAAAUGUUGAGCUGAUGCACGAUGAUAUUAUGGUUCCAGACACAGUCUCGUUUUUCUCUGUUUCAGAACAUGACGAAGGAACUGGAAUGCUUGCUUUUGUGAUUUUCUUCCUUUCGAUUCUAACGAUUUCAAUAAUUGUUGUCAUCUUCGUCUACCGCCGACGUGAAGACCGUGUGAAGGCAACGUCGCCAUCACCGAACAACAAACGGGAAAUUCUAUUAACAAUCGACGGCAAUACCAUCAAACAUCACGUUUCGCCAUCAACUUAUCAAAUGGCUCGCGAUAAUCUUCAGAACGCUAUUAUUGAAAAGCUUCCAAUGUCACCAAUCAUUAGCGAUUAUGCAGAACCGGACAUUAGCAUUUGCUCGGAAGCUACGGUCAACACACCAUUACUCUACGGUAUUGAUGGACCAUACGAUACUCAAAAGAGAAACAGCCCAUUGUCCUCACUCGUCAAAUACUCGGAUUAUGGAGAAGUAUACUGCACCACGCUUCCCGAAAUUGCUCGUGACAAGUUGGUGUACGUUAGCAGAAUUGGGCAAGGCGAAUUUGGAGAAGUGGAUCUUUGUCAGUUGGAGAAUCGCAAAGUGGCUGUUAAACGACUUCAUGGAAUCAGCCAAGCCGAUGAGUACGCGUUCCAUCGAGAAAUACGUGUGUUAGGAAGUUUAAAACAUCCAAAUGUAGUAGAAGUUAUCGGAGUUUGCACCAUCCAGAAACCAGUACUCUGCAUAAUGGAGUAUAUGGAAAAUGGGGAUUUGAAAUCUUACAUCAUAAAAAAUCAUACAAUCGACACCCCACAAUGCAUUUCUAUCGUUACUCAAUUAGCUGCCGGUCUUUCAUACCUCGAAUCGUGCUAUUUCGUCCACCGCGAUAUUGCUGCUCGAAAUUGCCUCGUUGAUGGAGAAGAAAAUGUCAAAAUUGCCGAUUUUGGAAUGGCGCGAUCAUUGUACUCACAAGAGUACUACAAAGUUGAGGGCAAAUUUGUGCUUCCAAUUCGUUGGAUGGCAUGGGAAGCGUUAUUAAUGGGCAAAUUUUCCACCGCUAGUGAUGUUUGGGCAUUCGGAGUUACUAUGUGGGAAGUGUUCUCGCUCUGUGCUCAAAAGCCUUAUUCCAAUCUCACCGAUGACGAAGUUGUCGAAAAUUUGCAGAACAUGAAUGCCACUGGUUGCCUCAAGCAAGUUCUUUCAAAACCGUCGCUUUGCCCAACGAAGCUGUACAAAGAACAAAUACUUCCUUGCUGGAAUCAUGAUGCUGCUCGUCGACCGACUUUCGCUAAUGUUCAUCUCCACUUGCAAUCUCUCAUUCAUUCUUCUCCAAACUUCUAG